AUGCCCUGUAUUAGCAUUUUAGUAUCCGCUAGAAGGUUUCAAACCUCAUCUAUAAGCCAGUCUGUAAAAGCUUUACAUCGUUUAUCAACAGUUUUGAAUAAUAAUUAUGUCACUCAUAAGACUACUCAUCGUUUAACUGUUCCUUCUGGAAAUGUGUUAGCUAACAAAAAAGUAGGCUAUUCGAAAAGAUUUGUAACUACUGCAUCCGUAAAUGGUGUUGGUUCCUCUGGAACCAGAUCCACUGUUAUCCAAUUAUUAAACAACAUUUCUACAAAAAGAGAAGUUGAGCAAUACCUGAAAUAUUUCACUUCUGUCUCACAACAACAGUUCGCUGUCAUUAAGGUCGGUGGUGCCAUCAUUAGUGAUAACCUACAUGAAUUGGCUUCGUGUCUGGCCUUCUUAUAUCAUGUCGGCUUAUAUCCAAUUGUUUUACAUGGCACAGGUCCACAAGUUAAUGGAAGAUUGGAGGCCCAAGGUGUAGAACCUGAUUACGUCGAUGGGAUCAGAAUAACAGAUGAAAAAACAAUGGCUGUGGUCAGAAAAUGUUUCCUCGAGCAAAAUUUGAAAUUGGUUACUGCUUUAGAAAAGCUAGGUGUUAGAGCAAGACCAAUCACUUCCGGUGUCUUCACUGCUGAAUACCUGGAUAAGGACAAGUACAAACUGGUAGGUAAUAUUACUGGUGUGUCUAAGGAACCUAUCGAAGCCUCUAUUAAGGCAGGUGCUUUGCCAAUCUUAACUUCACUUGCAGAGACAACCUCUGGCCAAAUGCUUAAUGUAAAUGCAGAUGUUGCUGCUGGAGAAUUAGCUCGUGUCUUUGAACCCUUAAAGAUUGUCUAUCUAAAUGAAAAAGGUGGUAUUAUUAAUGGAGAAACCAAAGAAAAAAUCUCCAUUAUUAACUUAGACGAAGAAUACGAUGAUUUAAUGAAACAAAGCUGGGUUAAGUAUGGUACAAAGUUGAAAAUUAAAGAAAUCAAAGAAUUGCUAGACUACUUACCACGUUCUUCGUCUGUAGCAAUCAUCAACGUUCAAGACUUACAAAAAGAAUUAUUUACUGACUCUGGUGCAGGUACCAUGAUUAGAAGAGGUUACAAGUUAUUAAAAAGAAGCUCUUUAUCGGAAUUCCCAUCAGCCGAUGCAUUAAGACAAGUCCUGGAAAGAGACAGAGAUUUUGUAUCAGGUAAAGAAUCUGUAGCUGGCUAUCUAAGAGAGUUAGAAAGAAACGAUUUCGUUACUUAUACUGAUGAACCAAUGAAUGUCUUCGCCGUAGUAUUAAAGAAUAAGGGUUUAGUGCCUCAACUAAACAAAUUGAUUUGUACAGAUCAGGCCUGGUUAAAUAACGUUACAGAUAACGUUUUUAAUGCCUUACGUCGUGAUUUCACAUCUUUGCAAUGGAUUGUUGAUGAAAGCGAUCCAAACAUCUCAUGGCAUUUCGCUAGAUCUCAAGGUUCUUACUUGAAAAAUGGCAAAAUAUUGUUCUGGUAUGGUGUCAAUGACUUGGAAACAACCUCCAAACUAAUCACUGAAUUUGUCAGAAGUAUAGGCCCAGAUAAUUCUUCUUUUCAAAGUAAAUCUUCUGGUGUUUUUGAUUCCGGUAUAGCAAAGAGAAAUUAUUCAGUUAGAUCCACUCCAAAACCAGAAGGUGUCAACAAAAACAUUGGCCGUAUAGCCUUAAUCGGUGCAAGAGGUUUCACUGGUAGAAACAUUGCUGCAUUAAUCAAUAACCAUCCAUAUUUCGAAAUUACGCAUGUUUCCUCUCGUGCUUUAAAGGGCACCAAAUUUGAAGGAUAUACCAAGAAAGAGAUCUUCUACGAAACUUUACAAGCUGAUGAUAUCAAAAAAUUAGAAGCUGCAAAUGAAGUCGAUUUCUGGAUCUUAGCUCUACCAAACAAUAUCUCCGAACCAAUUGUGGAAGCUAUUACUAGUGUUGAAGGCGGUAAGUCCAAGAUUUUGGAUCUCUCUGCUGACCACAGAUUUGUACCAGAGACUGAAUGGGUCUACGGGUUACCAGAAUUGAAUAAUAGAGAUAGAAUCGCAUCUGCAAGAAUGAUCUCUAAUCCAGGUUGCUAUGCUACUGGCUCCCAGUUAGCUAUUGCUCCAUUAACUGAGUACAUUGAUGGUUUACCAACCAUCUUUGGUGUUUCCGGUUAUUCUGGCGCUGGUACCAAACCAUCUCCAAAGAAUGAUCCAAAAUUCUUGGCUAAUAAUUUAAUCCCAUACACUUUAACUAACCACAUCCAUGAACGUGAAAUAUCUACUAGAUUAGGUCAUGAAGUUGCAUUCAUGCCACACGUGGGCCAAUGGUUCCAAGGUAUUUCUUUAACUGUCUCCAUCCCAAUCAAGAAAGGUUCUUUAACAUCCUUUGACCAAAUUAAGAAGAUCUAUGAAGAUUUUUACAAAGGUGAAGCUUUAGUUAAAAUCAUCAAUGAUAUUCCAUUAGUUAAGGAUAUCAAGGAAACACAUAGUGUAGUCAUUGGUGGUUUCAAAUUGAACGAUGCUGGUGACCGUAUUGUUGUCUGUGCCACAAUUGAUAAUCUAUUAAAAGGUGCAGCUACUCAAGCUGUCCAAAAUAUGAAUUUGGCAAUGGGCUAUGGUGAAUACGAUGGUAUUCCAAAGGAUAAAAUUUUAUAA